UCAGGGCGCCAGGUGAGAGGUGAGAGGUGAAAGUGUGCAGUUCCCGGCAGCCUCUGCUCUCGGCCCUUGGCGCGCGUGAGAGAGACAGAGGGAGAGAGAGUCAGCUUCACGGUCGCCGCCAUUACAGACUCAGCCAGUUAUCAGCAUGAGUUUACCAUUGAAUCCAAAACCUUUCCUCAACGGGUUAACUGGCAAACCGGUGAUGGUGAAGUUAAAAUGGGGAAUGGAAUACAAGGGCUAUUUGGUGUCAGUUGAUGGAUAUAUGAAUAUGCAGCUGGCGAACACAGAAGAAUAUAUUGACGGUGCUUUAGCGGGUCACCUUGGCGAAGUCCUAAUAAGGUGUAACAAUGUUCUGUACAUCAGAGGAGUUGAGGAAGAAGAAGAAGAUGGAGAAAUGAGAGAGUAAUUUUCCUUUUAUUUUGAAGAAUAACCAUGUGUACAAUUUUUGAAUACUUUUUUUUUAUGUCCAGCAAUUAAAAUAUGCUGUAUUUGGGGCUGUACUGACUAGGUCAGGGGGUUUGUAUUGUGGUGCAAAGUGUUCAGGACAAAAUGUAAUUUAAUUGUAGACACAACUGUUCUAGUUUGACUCUCUGCACAUGUUCAAAUGUGAAUUUGGAUGUAAGUUGAACUAAUAAAAACUUUUCAAUUGUGUA